AUGCAGCGCUUCUAUGGUCUAGAGGUCACUGGAGAGAUGGACCCUGCCGCACUAAAGGCCAUGAGAAGGCCUCGCUGUGGAGUCCCAGACAAAUCUGUUGAGCAGGCUGAGAAUGGUGUGAGGCGGAAACGCUACGCUCUCACUGGCCAGAAGUGGGACAAGAACCUUCUGACUUACAGGUGUGUGCAUUAUGAACACUACCCCAAAGGAUCUCCAGACAAUGCUCCCACUCAGGACCCACCCGCCACGGCUGAUGAUGACACUGCCCCAAACCAAAACCCCACCACCACUGCUCCUCCAGACCUAGACUCCACCACCACUGCUCCUCUAGACCGAGCCCCCAUCACCACCCCUGAUAGUCCCCUUGAGACAGACCCCUUCAGCCCUACCUAUACCCCAGACCAACAAGAACCAAAUCCCACCUACGCACCUCCCCUCCCUCCGAUACCCGACCCAGACCCCACCAUCCCCUGGCCUGAUCCAGUGCCGGUGAGGGAUGAGCCUCGUCGCCCCCCAAAGCAGCCAGAACACACUGCCCCCAAUAUCUGUGACGGGGACUUUGAUACGGUCACCAUGCUGCGAGGGGAGAUGUUCGUCUUCAAGGGUCGCUGGUUCUGGAGAGUUAGAAGGAACCUUGUCCUGGACAACUACCCAAUGCCUAUCUCGGUCUUCUGGGUUGGACUACCUGAUGAUAUAGACUCUGAUUAUGAACGACAUGAUGGAAAAUGUGUCUUUUUCAAAGAUACUGGCGUUUUGAUGAAGAGUUUCGCACCAGUGACAGCGACUACCCAAAACUUAUCUCCAGGUGGGGCAAGGUCCCAUCCUCUGCUACCACCGAAAUGUACUCCUGGGCUGCAAUAUCCGGACCCCUUCAACAGCCGGUAUGGGGCAUGGAACCCCGCAGAUCCCCUACGACUGGAAUACCGACAUAAUCUGCCUGAGGACUACAGGCCCCUCAGGCGCGACGUCACCGCACGAAGAGGCAAAAACAGACCUACCCCCAUCGCGACGUUCCCACCCCAGCUAAUGCUUUUCAAAGCUGUUUCCUAUAGUGAAUAA